GCUGUGCAGAUCCUUCCAGUGCUGUGCUGCUCCAGCCCUGCUCCCUGGGAAAUAGAACAAGGGAAGGAGGGAGAGGAGGAGGCAGCUGAGUCCAGCAGCAGUGAGAAUGUGAAACCUGAAGAAGCUUCUGGCCACUUUGCUCAGGAAGAAGGAUGGAGCUUCUCAAAGCUCUCAGGUGCUUGACCCUGCUGCUGAGUUUGUUACCCUGCCUCAGAUGUGUGGAGGAUCUCCUGGGAUCGCAGCCCAGCCACAAUCAUUUGCAGAGUGCAGGGUCCGGCUUGUGUGGCGUUUGGCCCCUCGGGUAUUACAAUGGCUCGGUGGCUGUCACUGAGUCUGGGUCAGAGUGUUUGAACUGGGCAGAGUUCCCUGAUUAUGUCCAGCAGUACCCAGACCGGGGCUUGGGGAACCACAACUACUGCAGAAAUCCAGACAGGGGAGCCACGCCUUGGUGCUUCUACCGGCUUGCUUCUGGAGCGAUUGGCUGGGCCAGCUGUGACUGUAACCAGGGUGCUGUGCGGCUGUCUGAAGGCGGCAGGGUGGAGCUGUACUUCAGUGGACUCUGGGGCACCAUCUGUGCUGACCGUUGGACAGACUGGGAUGCCAGUGUAGUCUGCAGGCAGCUGGGAGUCAGUGAGAUAGGCACAGCUGGGAAGAACAGCCAUGCUGCCUUGGGGCCGGUUCCACUCCAUCUGCAGUCGGCAAACUGCCAUGGGGAUGAGAAGGUCCUGCUGCAGUGUGGCUACCAGGAGGCUGCAUCUGGAGCCUGUAACCAGGGAAUCGCAGCAGGAGAGUGCAUUCCUCCUGCAGGUGCUGGGCCCCCGCUGCGGCUGGUUGGGGGAAAGGAAAGCUUCGAGGGGCGAGUGGAGGUCUACCACGACGGCAAAUGGGGCACCAUCUGUGAUGACCAAUGGGAUGACCGGGAUGCCGAGGUGGUUUGCAGGCAACUGGGGUUCAGUGGGACUGCAAAGGCCUUGUCGUGGGCUCACUACGGGCAGGGCUCUGGCCCAAUCCUGCUGGAUGAAGUGGAGUGCUCAGGGAACGAACUGUCACUGGACCAGUGCAAGAAGAAUAACUGGGGACAGCAAAACUGUGAUCACAUUGAGGAUGCGGGAGUGUCCUGUGACCCCUUCACAGAGGGCAUGGUCAGGCUGGCAGGAGGCCGCACCCCCAGCGAAGGGAGGGUAGAGGUUUAUUACAGGGGAGACUGGGGCACGGUGUGUGAUGACGGCUGGACGGCUCUCAGUGCCCAGGUGGUCUGCAGGCAGCUGGGCUUCAGUGGCCCUGCCAGCCUGGCAUCUGAGGGGGAGUACACACCCGGCCAAGGCUUUAUCCUUCUGGACGACGUGGCUUGUACAGGCACAGAGUUCUCUUUCCUGGACUGUCCCCACAGCAACUGGGGGCAGCAUGAUUGCUCGCAUGCCGAAGAUGUGGGGGUCCGAUGCUCCCCUGAAACCAACAAGAUCAUCGAAGACACUGCUGGGCCCCCUGUGCGGCUGGCGGAUGGAGAGAGCACCAAGGAGGGGCGGGUAGAGGUGUUCCUGAAUGGGCAGUGGGGCAGUGUCUGCGACGACGGCUGGACAGACAAGGAUGCAGCUGUGGUUUGCAGGCAGCUGGGUUACAGUGGUGCAGCAAAAGCCAGGACGAUGGCGUAUUUUGGGGAGGGGCACGGCCCCAUCCAUCUAGACAACGUGGAGUGCCGUGGCACAGAGCGCACACUAGGGGAAUGCGUCAAACCCGACAAUGGGAUUCACAACUGCUGGCACAGUGAAGAUGCUGGUGUGAUCUGCGACUAUAUGGAAGAGAAGGCCCAGGACACCAGAAACACAGGCUCAGCAUCUGGCAUGUGUGGGAUGCGCUUGCUUCACCGUCGCAAGAAAAGGAUAAUUGGUGGAAACAAGUCCCUCAGAGGUGGUUGGCCAUGGCAGGCCUCACUGCGGCUAAAGGGGUUUCACAGAGACACUCGUCUGCUGUGUGGCGCCACGCUGAUCCACAGCUGCUGGGUCGUGACUGCAGCGCACUGCUUCAAAAGGUUUGGCACUGAUGUGCGCCGCUACCUGCUGCGGGUAGGUGAUUACCACGCAGGCGUGAGGGAGGCGUUUGAGAGGGAGAUGCCCGUCGAGAGGAUUAUCCUUCACAGGAACUACCGGUCCAGCAGCAAUGACAAUGAUAUCGCCCUGGUCAGAAUGCGGGGCAGAGGUAGCCACUGCCUCUCCUUCAAUCACCACGUUCUGCCCGUCUGCCUCCCUGACAGGAAGGAGAAGGCAUCCAUUAACAGGCAGGCCUGCAUUAUCUCCGGCUGGGGAGACACAGGGAAGUCCUAUUCCAGAACAUUGCUCCAGGGCGUGGUGCCCCUUCUCCCAAGAGAAGAUUGUGAGGCUCGUUAUGGGGGCAAGUUUACUAACAGCAUGAUCUGUGCUGGAAACCUCUCUGAAGAUAAGCGGGUGGAUAGCUGCCAGGGUGACAGCGGUGGGCCACUCAUGUGUCAGAGGUCAACUGGACACUGGGUCAUUCUGGGGAUAAUUUCCUGGGGUUAUGGGUGUGGCCGGAAGGACUCUCCUGGAGUUUACACUAAAGUCAGCAAAUUUGUCCCCUGGAUCAAGAAAGUGACCAAGCUAUAAUGCAAGUCCCUGAUCUCUGAGAUCUUCAGCAUUUAAUCCCUCUUGCCUCUACAGAAUUAAAACUUUGGCCCACACUUGGGAAAUGUAGGUUCUUUCUACCUCCACGAGGGGCUGUUGCUUCUGUGUGUACCUGACAGAGACUUGUUUUGACCUUGAACACUGAGAAGAGACUUAACCACCGGGCAAAAUAAUUAUGCCUGUCUCUUGGAAGUCUUUGCUCUCACCAUAGUCCCUAAUCUCUGAAGCAGGGAAGUGGAUAUGAGCGGGCAAGACAGACAGAUCUGCUCCUGUAGCUAUCAGAAUCCUGUAGAAAAAUCAUACAUGUCCCUCUGUGCCCAGAUUGGGGGAUGGCUCUGUCAGUAUCACCUACAACUUUUUCAUGUUCACAUAUUUUGGGCUUGUCUACACCUGGAAUGCUAUAACGGCACUGUUGCACUACGUCUGUGUGGACACUAUGUACGCCAACGGGAGGGGUUCUCCCAUCACCAUAGGAAUCCACCUCCCCAGGAGGCAGUAGCACUGUAUACACAGGGACAUAGGUCGGCUUAAUUACAUCACUUGGAUGUGCAUUUUUCA